UCUGUGCUUUAAAUGCAAAUGGCGCGCAGCGUUUGCUCUCUGAACACGUGUGAUUGACAUUUCAAAAUAUAUCACAUUUUCGUUUUAAAAAUAAUAAAAAAAAUACUGCAUGUAUUAAGAGUAUCGUAAUACGCAAUAUAAAAAUUUGAAUAUCAAAAUGCCGGACAUGAAAUAUAUAUUGGUUACCGGUGGUGUUAUAAGUGGUGUUGGGAAAGGUGUGAUUGCGAGUUCAUUUGGCACAAUUUUGAAAAGCUGUGGCAUCGAUGUGACUUCUAUUAAAAUUGAUCCUUACAUAAAUAUCGACGCUGGCACUUUCUCUCCUUACGAACAUGGUGAAGUUUACGUUCUUGAUGACGGCGGCGAAGUUGACCUUGAUCUUGGCAACUACGAGCGCUUCUUGGAUAUCACACUGCAUAGAGACAAUAAUAUAACUACUGGCAAGAUAUAUCAGCAGGUAAUUGAGCGUGAGCGGCGAGGAGACUAUCUGGGCAAGACAGUGCAGGUGAUCCCACACAUAACUGAUGCCGUACAAGAAUGGGUACAGAGAGUGGCCCACAUCCCAGUCACACCAGACAUGGCACCUCCCAGAGUGUGUAUUGUGGAGCUUGGUGGCACUAUAGGUGACAUUGAGGGCAUGUCAUUUGUUGAAGCCUUCAGACAGUUCCAGUUCAGAGUCAAGAAGGAGAACUUUUGCUGUGCACAUGUCUCCCUUGUUCCUAUGCCUAAAUCUACAGGAGAGCCUAAAACAAAACCCACACAAUCAUCCGUCAGAGAGCUCCGUGGGCUGGGACUGUCACCUGACUUGAUAUUAUGUAGGUCAGAACACCCCAUCAACCAGUCUGUCAAAAAUAAACUGUCUAACUUCUGCCAUGUUAGCCCAGAACAGGUAAUAUGCAUUCACGACUUAAGCUCAGUAUACCACGUACCACUGCUGAUGGAAGCACAAGGCGUCGUACAGUAUUUAAAUGAAAGGCUCCAGCUAAACAUGUCCAUGCCACGUCCAGGAAAGUUUAUGCGAAAGUGGCACAACUUAGCUAAGCAGGUGGACAAUCUACGCAAGGAAGUCAAUAUAGCUCUAGUUGGGAAAUACACAAAGUUGGAAGACAGCUAUGCAAGUGUUACGAAGGCCUUGCAACAUGCCUGCAUCGCUACAGGAUCCAAACUCAACCUGACUUAUAUUGAAGCAGUCAAUCUGGAGCGGCAAACUAAAAUAGAUGAUCCCGUCAGCUAUCACAAAGCCUGGCAGAAUCUCUGUAAGAGCGAUGGAGUAAUAGUACCAGGAGGAUUUGGUCAACGUGGCUUUGAAGGCAAGAUCGAGGCCUGCCAGUGGUGUCGCGAGACCCAGAAGCCGAUGCUGGGCAUCUGCCUGGGGCUGCAGGCGUCCGUGAUCGAGUUCGCGCGCAACGUGUUGGGGCUGGCGGGCGCCAACAGCACGGAGGUGGCCCCGCACUGCGCGCACCGCCUCGUCGUGGACAUGCCCGAGCACCACCCCGGCAACCUCGGCGGGACCAUGCGCCUCGGCAAGAGGAAGACCUACCUCGAGCCCAGUAUUAUAACACAACUGUACAAAAAGGAUGUGAUCGAAGAGCGUCACAGGCACAGAUACGAGGUGAACCCGGAGUACAUCGAGCAGCUGGAGAAAGGCGGGCUGCGCUUCGUGGGCAAGGACGACACCAAGACCCGUAUGGAGGUCGCGCUGGUCGACACGCACCCCUACUACGUGACCGUGCAGUUCCAUCCCGAGUACCUCAGCCGCCCGCUCUCGCCCAGCCCGCCAUUCCUAGGACUAAUCUUGGCAUCGCUCGGUAAACUUAAGAGCUAUUUAUCAAAAGGCUGUAGAUUAAGCCCACGAAAUCAAUCAGAUGUUAGCUCAGAUGAAGAUGAAAUAUCCGUAUCAUCAUUGAGUAUAUCAGAUGAAAAGACAGUUAUUGAAAAUGGAAUAGCUGUCAAUGGAGAAAGCAAAAAAUAAGCAAAACAAUGGUCUUAGCUCAUAAUAUGUAAGCCAAUAUUACUACUUAUAAGUGAUAAUAUACGAAUGUAUAAUCAAAUUAUAUGCCAUCAGAAAACCAAAUUUAAAUGAAUGGAAAUAUUUUUGUACCAAGAUGGUUAUAAUGUAGUAACGAAAUGAGUGUCAGUUACUAUGUUUAUCUGAGUAUGUAAUAUAUGUAGAGGGGGGCAGUGGUAACUACGUAUUCCUAAGUCAAGUGUAGAAUAUCCAUGUUACCACUGGUGUGUGUAUAGUUAGGGUAAUUAACAUGUCUCUGACCGAAGCGUUUUACCCGAAACAAUACAGUCAACAUAAACACAAACAGUCAACAUAUUCAGUCACAUUAUUAUUAAAUACUUAAUGUAUUUCUUUUUCAAUCAGUGAGAAUUUUUACCAUCUACAAUUUCAUGUUAUCAUAAAUGAAAUGUGUAUUUUUAUAAAUCUUAGAUUGAAUUCGUUUACCUAUUCACACAGAUUAGUGCACUAGUUGAACACUAAAUGCACUAGUUCAAUUUGUUUAUUUUAGUUUUAAUACUGAAUUCGGAUUGCCGAUAACAUAUAUACUUUUCGCUAGUCUGUAAGAGAUAAAGCAUAAUAAUUUGCUUCAUAUGGCCGUCAAGAUCAAAGACAGAGAACACUUUUUUACAGACAUAUAGAGUAAUAUAAAUUAUUAGUCAAAACUGUCCGUCUACACUCACUACCAAUUUUAUAGAAUAUUCAAUAAUACCGCUUUAGUAGUCUACUCUCUUAUUGAUUCAUAACCCAUACCGCCUAAUGAUAUUGUUAUUCUCUUGGAACAUGAUUGCAAAAAAGGAGUAAUAUUUACAUAAUUUAACACUCAGUAACGAACUUUAUUGUUCUUGUCAUAGCCUAUAAAAAUUGGACGUAUUUAUGCAAACUAGAACCAAACCACACUUUGAGUGAAAUUGAGUUAUAUAUGUAGAUAGGCUGUUUAUGGUGUAUUACAUCAUCUCAGAAAAAAUCCUGGCCGAUAUAGCAAGCCACAAAGCAAAAAAAAAAGGAUCCAUUUAAGGUACCAACCUGAGUUUGAGGAACAUUUUAUACGCCCAACGGAACGCACCUUUAAAACAAAAACCUGAUUAUCUCAAAACUGAUAUGUUGUGGGUUCGUUCUAGUUUGCAUAACUACGUCCAAUUACUAUUCUUAAAUGAGAGUUCUCUGUCAUUGAGUCUUACAUUUUUUUUAUACCUUACAAAUAAUAAACGACGCAACAGUUAAUGUUCAUAGUUUUCUAAAUAUAUAUUUGAAUCACAAGUUUCUGCAGUAUUUUAAGUUUAUUCCAUAGUAACAAUGUAACUACACUGUACAUGAAAUAUAUGCAGCUUAAGAUUAAGUUUAGUUAUUUAAGAAGAUAAUUACAUACAUCCUAAGAGUAAUUUUCUUAUUGUUUUUGUUUGAAAGUAAUCUGUGUUGAUGUUUGUUCCUCGAAUAUAUUUGAAACUCAGGAGACUUGCUUAGAAUAAAAUAUUACAAUGUCAUGCAACACCGUGCCAGUACUAUGAACUCUUCAAGUAAGUGACUCCUUUGUUUAAGCGAGCUGGAGCACUAGAAUACGUGUUUCAGAGUCUCGUUUCUAUAUGAUAACACUUUUCUACACAUUCAGCUUUCAGAGCUCGCAGUACGGGGUGCUAAAUAACAAAGUACUCAUGCUGAAUAUUACCUUACCUCAGUGGCUAAAAGGGCAUGUAGAAAAAUCAGUAGACAAAAAUAUUUCCUCGGAAUUAAGAAUAAAAAUUAGUCUGUAAGGAUAACUAUUAGCACUUGGUGUUAUGUGUUUUAAUAUCCUUUCUAAAAUAGAUAAAUGUGUUAAAAGUUUCAAACGCCAUGUUAUAGACCUGAGUCUUCUCUAUAGACUAAUAUAAGGGUAUAGAGGCACUAGAAUUUUUUGUAUUACUGGAUAGCAAUUUGUAGUAAAUUUUAUUCUUCCCUUUUUCACAAUCUGUGUAACCUAGUACAACCUAUACAUCAAACUUUGAAAGUGUAAAGAUUUGCAAUUUUAAGGGGUGAUAUAAGAGUAUGUCCUGGUAUUAAACUUGGUAUUUAUAUUUGGUCAACAUCCAUACUACCAGUUUUCGAAAUUUCUAAACCUGUUUAAAAUAUUAUUACAUGCUCAAUGCAAAUGAUGGUUUCGCAAUAAAAUGAUGUUGAAGUUUGAAGUCUGUGAGCAGUUUUAUCUGAAUAACUAUGAUUGGAGAUUCUCUUUAAAACAAAAUGAUAUUUUGAUAAUUAGUACCCAUUGAAAAACUAUGUCACCUAGAUAAUGACAUGUAUGAUAUUCUGGUUUCUUAUUAACAAAACUGUGUGAAUGUGAUUGAGUUCGAUGAAUUGUGAUAUUUAAUUAAAUAUGUAUUCUUUAGCCCCAAAUAUUUUAUGGAAUAGUUAUAUAUUUGAGAAAAAAGCAAGGGUGAUGUGAUGGCUGUUAUUCUUACACGAAAAUGUAUAUUUUUAUUAACAUAUUAGAGUUAUAUGACAUUUUAUAUAUAAUUGUAAUUACUGUUCAUCAUUGAUCCACAAAUAACCCCUGACCUAAAGUUUUCUAGCCUCAGCUUUUAUCAUAUGCCGGCAUUAUUAUAAAUUAAAGCAUUCCAUUAGUGCUUUCUCUUCUCUUUCUAGUAUUGUUAUGACUAAAGCCAAUAAAGUUUUGAAGUCUG